UACACGUGGAUCCAGGUUGUCAUCAACAUUUCAAGAACAUAUGGUUAUCCGUGCCAUUUAUUUGCUCCGAUUGUUGUUUUCUGGAAUCGUCCGAUUGAACGCAAACUGAUAGCGUUAAAAAUAAUACAAUAUUACGAAGAUGCCUACCGUCGAAGAGCUGCAGGCUAAGAUUCGUGAUUUGGAGCAACAGCUUCUCGAUGUUAAAUCCGGAGAAGAGUGCAAUGUUAGACAAAAAAUAUCAAGUUUAUCGAGUGAGGUUAUUGACUCGAAUCCUUACAGUCGUCUCAUGGCUUUGAAACGAAUGGGGAUUGUCGAUAAUUAUGAACGUAUUCGAGAAUUGACUGUUGCUAUUGUUGGUGUGGGUGGUGUGGGCAGUGUCACUGCUGAAAUGCUAACACGAUGUGGAAUAGGAAAACUAAUUCUUUUUGAUUAUGACAAAGUCGAGUUAGCGAACAUGAACAGACUUUUCUUUCAACCGAACCAAGUGGGAUACAGUAAAGUUGAUGCAGCUGCAAAGACGUUGCAAUUCAUUAACCCUGAUGUGACAAUUGAGACUCACAAUUACAACAUUACUACAGUUGAGAAUUUCGAACAUUUUAUCGAAACAAUUAGGACUUCAAGUCUUGUUGGAGGUCCGGUAGAUUUAGUUUUGAGCUGCGUUGAUAAUUAUGAAGCACGAAUGACUAUAAAUGCAGCCUGCAACGAACUCAACAUGAAAUGGUAUGAGAGCGGCGUCUCUGAGAAUGCUGUUUCAGGACAUAUACAAUUUAUAGUCCCUGGGGAAACAGCAUGUUUUGCAUGUGUUCCGCCUCUGGUCGUGGCAUCGAAAAUCGACGAAAAAACUUUGAAACGCGACGGUGUUUGCGCUGCUUCUUUGCCAACAACUAUGGGAAUAGUUGCCGGAUUUUUGGCACAAAAUGCUUUGAAGUAUCUUCUAGGUUUCGGAUCUCCCAGUUAUUAUUUGGGAUACAACGCUCUGCAGGAUUAUUUUCCCACCUUAAAGUUACGCCCCAAUCAGAAUUGCGACGACGCGAAUUGCAGAAAACUCCAAGAAGUCUAUGCAUCAAAACCAAAAAUUGAAACCGUUGUAGAACAGGAAAAAGAAGAACCAAUCCACGAAAAUAAUGACUGGGGAAUAUCCUUGAUUGACGAGACCGCAGUCGAUGAAUCAGAAGAAAUUGCAUGUCAAAGUACUUAUGAAGGCUUGAAACAUGCAUAUAUGACUCCAGCACAAGAUUCGAAGGAUGCUGUAACGGCAGAUACGACUGAAAGCACGCUAGAAGAACUUAUGAUGCAGAUGAAAUCUAUUUAAGAAGUUGAACUCAAUUUACAGGUGGCGGGGAUGUGUAAUGUUAAUAAUUUCAUAUCUUUUUAUCUUAGUUUAUUUCAAUGGUUCGUUCUUAACGGAAGAUUGUUUAAAUUAUUGUGUAUUUUUUCAACUUGUGACCUAAUUCCUCGUAUAUUUUCCAGAAGAUUUUUUAUGUAAGAUAAAUACAUUCCUGUCAAAUGUUGAAAAUGCAACAAUGUUGAAAAUA